GAUAGCAUAAUUUAAACUACAUGACGACCACCUGCCCUCAACGCCAAAACAUUUGUUUAAGCUGGGACUCGUUCGAAGUUCCUACCUUUUCUCUCUCCAAAUUACUCGCUAACUCGUCUUUUUCACACUUUCUUCUUCAAAAAGGUUGAUCAUGUCGUUUUUCAGAGGUCUUUCAACUCUCUCAAAGCUUCGUUCUCGUUCUGGACAACAAUCAUGUCUAAGCAAUUCUGUGAGAUGGAUUCAGAUGCAAAGUUCUUCUAGUCUGGACCUGCGUUCAGAGUUACAAGAAUUGAUUCCUGAACAGCAGGAACGUCUGAAGAAGAUAAAGAAAGAAUAUGGAAGUGUCCAGCUGGGGAAGAUUAAUGUGGACAUGGUGUUGGGCGGAAUGAGAGGGAUGCCUGGUUUACUUUGGGAAACUUCCUUACUUGACCCAGAUGAGGGCAUUCGAUUUAGGGGUUUGUCUAUACCCGAGUGUCAGAAACUUUUACCAGCUGCAAGUCCUGGUGGAGAGCCAUUGCCUGAAGGCCUUCUUUGGCUUCUUCUAACUGGAAAGGUUCCGAGCAAAGAGCAAGUAGAUGCUUUAUCAGCAGAACUGCGAACACGUGCUUCAGUCCCAGACCAUGUGUUCAAAACAAUUGAUGCCCUACCAAUUACUGCUCAUCCUAUGACUCAGUUCACUACUGGUAUUAUGGCCCUUCAGGUUCAAAGCGAAUUUCAGAAGGCAUAUGAGAAAGGGAUCCACAAAACAAAGUUUUGGGAGCCAACAUAUGAGGACUGCCUUAGUUUGAUAGCUCAAGUUCCUGUCGUUGCAGCCUAUGUUUACCGUAGGAUGUAUAAGAAUGGACAAAAAAUACCACUGGAUGACUCUCUUGAUUAUGGAGGGAAUUUCUCGCAGAUGUUGGGAUUUGACAGCCCUGAAAUGCUUGAGCUGAUGCGGCUAUAUAUAACAAUUCACAGUGAUCAUGAGGGUGGAAAUGUUAGUGCACACACUGGCCAUCUGGUGGGAAGUGCACUCUCAGAUCCUUAUCUGUCAUUUGCAGCUGCUUUAAAUGGAUUGGCUGGCCCACUUCAUGGAUUAGCCAACCAGGAAGUCCUGCUAUGGAUCAAAAAAGUAGUAGAUGAAUGUGGAGAGAACAUCUCGACCGAGCAGUUGAAAGAUUAUGUUUGGAAGACAUUAAACAGCGGCAAGGUUGUUCCUGGAUUUGGUCAUGGAGUUCUCCGAAAGACAGACCCAAGAUACACAUGCCAGAGAGAAUUCGCGUUGAAGCACCUACCUAAAGAUCCACUUUUCCAAUUGGUGUCAAAGCUGUAUGAUGUGGUGCCUCCUAUUCUUACAGAGCUUGGAAAGGUUAAAAAUCCAUGGCCGAAUGUUGACGCCCAUAGUGGAGUUUUGUUGAACUACUAUGGCUUGACAGAAGCAAGGUAUUAUACAGUCCUAUUUGGGGUAUCAAGGAGUAUAGGAAUUUGCUCACAGCUAAUAUGGGAUCGAGCUCUUGGUUUGCCACUAGAAAGGCCAAAGAGUGUGACAAUGGAAUGGCUUGAAAAAUUUUGUAAGAAAGGAGCAUAAUUCUACUGGUGUGCGUCGUAUUAACUUCUUAUUACAAGUUUACAAUAACAUAGAUUAGUGGAUAAAAUUAUCCUUUUGGAAAUGAAAGGAUAGAGAGGAGAAUUAAGUAUCCUCUAUAUCUUGCAACCGAGUGUUGCAUUUCGUAAUUUUCACAUGUACACGGUCAUGGAUCUCAAAAACACAAUUCUAAAGAGUUAUAUGCUAGAAUUUUUUUAUCAAGGAAAUAAACAUUUGCAGAUAUUAGUGUUAUGGUAUUUGUUAGUAUUGGUUGUAGUAGUCUAAUAGAACAUGUUAGGCUCUGCUCAAACAUGUGAAUGAUUAAACUUGAGAGUGGCUAUUUGCUUGCUGCUUAAACCAGUUUACUGUAAUAAUCACAUUUGUACGCUCACGUAGUCA